AUGGCCCAAAGGAAGGCGGGCGGACGCGUGCUCAUUCGUCGAGAUGCAGGUUCUUCGGUUUCUCCUGUCUUCGCCGCAGGCUUCUUGCUCUUACCCCAGAACGUCUGGGCUGACCCGACGUACAGCAAGCCCGAACUCUGCGCUCAGUCCUGCUACGAGGCGCUCUCCGUGCUCACCUUCUCUGAUGUCAGCGCGACGGACACGUAUGUCGGCGGGUUCUGUCACUCGACGCUGGCCGUGUCUUCCAUCUAUGCCUGCUUCGACGCCUACUGCAGCCAGUACACGGCCGACGAGUCCUUCGGUUACAUGAACUGGUACUGCACGGAGUACGGGCUGUCGCCUUUGUCCGUGGGCUAUGUGGCUGAGGUCAACACAACGGUAAUUCCGGUUCAAGAGUAUGUAGACCUCGCCCGCGACACUCUCGCAAUAUGGCAACAUCAAAUGUAUGUCCAUCACUCUUUCGGGUGGUCGAUGUAUGUUCUCGCCGUCGGCGUCGUCCUCUGUGGAGUGGCCAACCGUAUCUUCGCCUUCAUCGUUCAUCGCACCAUCGCACGGUCGAGUCCGCUCGUCGACGCUGAGAGCGCCAAAGGCGGCAAGCCUGUCUCGCCAAUCGAGGUGUCUUCACCAAGAUCCACAAUAUGUGGACGAAGCGCAUCACGCUCCCCGCGACAUUCGGCUACCGACACAGCCAGCCGUGGGCGUUCUGCACGAUCCCGACCCGCUUCAGUCCAUCUUGUGUUUGUCUAUGUCGCACUGAACUUCAUCUUCUGCGCUAUCGACUAUCACACCUUCGAGGGAAACACAUACUGGACAAAUCCCCCUUCGCAGCUUGCGCGGUACUUGGCGGACAGGACUGGCAUUAUAGCAUACGCCAAUUUGCCGCUGCUAUGGCUGCUCGCUGGUCGUAAUGACCUGCUACUUUGGCUGACUGGUUGGUCGUUCUCGACGUUCAACGUCUUCCACCGAUAUGUGGCCAGAGUAGCGACAGUGGAGGCGAUCGCCCAUUCAUUUGGAUACACGGCCUUCUCCUACAUCACUUACGGUAAUAACUGGGAGGAGUACAAGGAGGAGCUCAAAGAGCAAUACUACGCCACAGGCAUUGGGGCGACCGUACUGAUGUCCGUACUUGUUGGGCUCUCCAUGCAGCCAGUUCGGCGCUACUGCUACGAGUUCUUCCUCGCGACACACGUCAUUUUCUCAAUCGCGAUCAUCGUAUUGCUCUUCUACCACACAAAGAUCUUUGACGGGGAGUACGAUGGCUACCUCUGGCCUUGCGUCGGCUUCUGGAUUUUCGAUCGCGCCAUUCGCCUAGUGCGCAUCGCCCUGCUCAACUGGCGCGUCCUCAGCGUCAAGGACGAUCGGCUGAGGCGCAACAAGGCAACAGCGGUGUACGACCCCGAGGGCGAUAUCAUCCGUAUGACCGUCCGGCCGUCCGCGAACUUCUGCGUUGGCGCAGGCGUGCACUACUACAUCUACACACCUACAUUAUCCUUCAUGUUCUGGGAGAAUCACCCGUUUACUCUGUCAGCGUGGCGGAGUAUCCCUGCCCAUGCCGACGCGGAGGCGGGCGCAGGUGUAGAGGAGAUCGAGGGGAUUCAGCAGAUCCCUCCGCACAAUAUUUCGGACGCCGCUGGGUCUUCCACUGACUCGAAGGAAGGCUCGAUCGUCUCUCAGACCGGUGUCGGCGCGCCCGUCUCCGGCUCAUCGCAGGAGGAACUCGUCUUCAUCAUCCGUCCGUACAAGGGUAUGACGAAGGGCCUCAAGAAUCUCCUCCUGAAAGCACCUGGCCACAAGAAGGACCUCGCCGUCCUCCUAGAGGGUCCUUACGGAACGAAGGCCGACUUGGCCUCGUACGAGCGGACUUUGAUGAUCUCAGGAGGCAGCGGCGUGACGGGUAUCACGUCUUACCUAUGCGAGCAGGGCGCGCGUGCGAAUGGCAGGCACACCCGGUUCGUCUGGGCCGCCAGGGAGGAGAGCUUCGUGUCAGACGUUCUCGAGAAGGACCUGGCGCCGUUCGUCGAUCGCGACGACCUCACGCUCGACCUCUACCUCACGCGCUCCAACGCUCAGAGCGCGGGUCAGGACAAGACAGCGGGCGUUGAGGCGACCAUCGCGAAGCUCUCGUCUCGCUCAGGAUCUGCGAACGGCCCCAGGGUCACGUACGCGAGGCCGGACGUGGCGGAGUUACUGGAUUAUGAGAUUGGGCAGCUGAUGACGAGGGAAAGUCGGUUGUCGGUGGUCGUCUGCGGUCCGGGUCAUCUGGCGGAUAACGUUCGGAGAGAGGUCGUCCGGAGUAUUGGUGCCAAGAUUGAUGCGUCGAGAAUUGAGUUGUAUGAGGAGAGCUUCGGGUGGUAGGUGAGGCUAUAUGUGCCAUGUCCGGGUAGCCCUAUCACGCCAAAAUCAUGCUGAAGUCAACACGAACGUAUGUUGAAUGUCAAGUACUGUAAUUAGUGCGGCAUCAACAUCACGAAUGAAACAUCGUAUACGAGAUUGACAUUAGGGUA